GUAGUGUCCUUAUAUAUAUAUAUACUGCCAUACUGGAUGCUUCUGAUGAAUAGAAGAGGAAGAGGAGGAAAAAAAAGCUUACAAUGAGCAUCUAUUUGAGUCGAUUAUUUCCAAGAUCUAAUUCCAGUUUAUUUUUAUGUAGUGGAAAGGGCUUACAAUCAGAAGUUUUACGCUUAGGGAAAGAAACGUUCUUGGUGGAUGCAGGACCUGGGACCCCCAAAAUUUGUAUGCAAGAUGAGCUUACAGGAGUGCCAAUCAACGGAGCCACCAGGUUUGAGAAUAAGGUGGGAUACCUGGAUGUAGUGGCCGGUGAAUCACUGAUCAAAAAGAAGAUUUUGGAGAGAUUCUUCAUCGAUCUAGUGGCGGGCGAAUCACUGAUGAAAGAGCGAGCAGCCGCCAGGUUUAAUGAUUUGGUGGGAUCCACAGAUGUAGUGCCUGGUGAACCGCUUCUUCUUCUUCCACGAAGAUUCAGACAAAACCUAGCUUGGAUGGAACUCAACAAGAUUUGGCGAACCAAUACAAAGGUAAAAGGCUUUAUUAUUGACAAAGUAAAAAGGGGAGGUUAUUCAGUAGCCAUCGCGGGUUUCAUUACUUUUCUUCCAUUCCGUUCUUACAUCAAAAGAAGAAGGGAAAAGAUAUCCAAUGAUCGAUUCACCAUUCAGAGCAUUAACCCCAAAAGGACGAAUAUUGUGGUGUUCUAACAGCGGCAGAUCAAUUUUAGAUCUUUAGGUUGAAUUUUAUUGAUAAGUUUUUGGAUGAUGAAUUUCAUCACCUAGGAUUUUCUGGAUUAUGUUUUUUGUGUUUCAUUCUUCAUUUUUUUUCUUCUUUCAAAAGUUUCAGAAUGUUCAUUAUUUCAAGUUUAUGCUUCUGGGUUAUGCUUUUUUUUGGAUUAUGUUUGUGGACUGACAUAUUUUUUAUCUUCUCAUUGUGUAUUUUAUUUAGUUGUUAUCUUGUACUUGACUACACUCUCAUUUUCUAUUUGUCACAUGACCUCCCACAUGUUCUGCUUUGAUCUCA